UUGUCCAUAGCGAUGCCGGCUAUGACACAGAUAAAACUGAUGGACCAGGAGCUACGGGUAGUGGUGAAGAAUAUUCUUCACCUGCCGCAGGCAAACAACGAACGCCUUACUAUACUGCGGUAA